GUCAGCUGCGGGUGUUUUGCCUUCCGMGGGCCGCUUGGCACGAUGCUUUGUGGUCCCUGCCGCCUCCUCAGGGCCUCCGUAGCGCCCACCGCGGCCCUGGCUGCCGCGCUGCUUUCGUCGCUCGCGCGCUGCUCUCUCCAGGAGCCGAAGGACCAGGUGGCUUCGGCGCUCAGCCCCUACUUCGGCACCAAGACUCGCUACGAAGAUGUCAACCCCGGACUACUGUCGGACCCCGAGGCGCCGCAGCGGGACCCAGAGCUGCUGGAGGGGAGCUGCACCCCGGUGCAGCUGGUGGCCCUCAUCCGCCAUGGCACCCGCUACCCCACGGCCAAGCAGAUCCGCAAGCUGAGGCAGCUGCACGGGCUGCUGCAGGCCCGCGGGCCCGGGGAUGAUAGGCCGGGCAAUGCCAGCGAUCGCGGCCUGGGCGCCGCGCUGGCUGACUGGCCGCUGUGGUACGCGGACUGGAUGGAUGGGCAGCUSGUGGAGAAGGGGCGGCAGGACAUGCGACAGCUGGCGCUGCGUCUGGCCUCCCUCUUCCCAGCUCUCUUCAGCCGGGAGAACUACAGCCGCCUGCGACUGAUCACCAGCUCCAAGCACCGCUGCGUGGACAGCGGCACCGCCUUCUUGCGCGGGCUGUGGGAGCACUACCAUCCUGGGUUGUCCCCGCCCGACGUCUCAGAUAUGGAGUGUGGACCUCCAAGCAUAAAUGACAAACUAAUGAGGUUCUUUGAUCAUUGUAAGAAGUUCUUAACCGAAGUGGAAAGGAAUGCUACAGCUCUUUAUCAUGUAGAAGCCUUCAAAACUGGACCAGAAAUGCAGAGCAUUUUAAAAAAAGUUGCAGCUGUUUUGCAAGUGCCGGUAAACAAUUUAAAUGCAGAUUUAAUUCAGGUAGCUUUUUUCACCUGUUCAUUUGACCUGGCAAUUAGAGGUGUCAAAUCUCCUUGGUGUGAUAUUUUUGACAUAGAUGAUGCAAAGGUAUUAGAAUACCUAAAUGAUCUGAAACAAUAUUGGAAAAGAGGAUAUGGAUAUACCAUUAAUAGUCGAUCCAGUUGCACCCUCUUUCAGGAUAUCUUUCAGCACCUGGACAAAGCAGUUGAAGAGAAGCAAAGGUCUCAGCCAGUUUCUUCUCCAAUCAUCCUUCAGUUUGGUCACGCAGAGACCCUUCUUCCACUACUUUCUCUCAUGGGCUACUUCAAAGACAAGGAGCCCCUAACAGCUUAUAAUUACAAGGAACAAAUUCAUCGAAAGUUCCGAAGUGGUCAUAUUGUACCUUAUGCCUCCAACCUAAUAUUUGUGCUCUACCAUUGUGAAAAUGCCAAGACUCCUCAGGAAGAAUUUCAAGUGCAGAUAUUAUUGAAUGAAAAGGUGUUGCCCUUGGCUCACUCACAAGAAACUGUUUCUUUGUAUGAGGAUCUGAAGAACCACUACAAAGACAUCCUCCAGAGUUGUCAAACCAGCGAAGAAUGUGAAUUACCAAAGGUGAACAGCACAUCUGAUGAGCUAUGAGUAAUUGAAGAACGUUUUUAGUUCAUCAGUGCUUCCCCAUAGGGAGUGAUUACAUGUUUAUAAUAAGUAGACAAUAUCUUGAUUACAGAAGCUUUCAUAUUACUUGGCUAUUUCUGUCUUUUCACAGAAAAUCUAAGUUUUUUGAGGAGGGUCUGGACCUGAUACAUAUAUAAGAAAUGAUUUUCACUGGAGCAGCUCUCUUAAGGAAAUAAAAAAAUCUUUUCAGAGAGACAACUAACAGGGCAAGUGUUUACAGAAAUGAAAUUUUUCCAACUUCUACRAGAAACCUCACACUGAAGUAGAGUAUGAUUUGAAAAUGAUACUUGCAAAGUCCUGGAUUAUCRAAACAUGUCAAUUGGAUGAUCCGUAAUUUGAUUUAACUGGUCCAAUUGUGCUAUAGAUCUGUUUUUUUCCCRGGUGGAACAGUUCUAGUAUUAAUUGUGUCUCUUAAUCAGAAGUAUUGUGAUUAACUAAGAGUAUCAUUUUAGAAGAAAGCUAACAUUUAAGACUUUGAAACAGUGUUAAGAAACAGACUGAUUUAAAAGGGCAUCUUCACCGAA